AUGGAGGAAGGAAUGAAUGUUCUCCAUGACUUUGGGAUCCAGUCAACACAUUACCUCCAGGUGAAUUACCAAGACUCCCAGGACUGGUUCAUCUUGGUGUCCGUGAUCGCAGACCUCAGGAAUGCCUUCUAUGUCCUCUUCCCCAUCUGGUUCCAUCUUCAGGAAGCUGUGGGCAUUAAACUCCUCUGGGUAGCUGUGAUUGGAGACUGGCUCAACCUCGUCUUUAAGUGGAUUCUCUUUGGACAGCGUCCUUACUGGUGGGUUUUGGACACCGACUACUACAGCAACACUUCCGUGCCCCUGAUAAAGCAGUUCCCUGUCACCUGUGAGACUGGACCAGGGAGCCCCUCUGGCCAUGCCAUGGGUACAGCAGGUGUAUACUACGUGAUGGUCACGUCUACUCUUUCCAUCUUUCGGGGCAAGAAAAAGCCGACCUACAGAUUUCGCUGCUUGAAUGUCAUUUUGUGGUUGGGAUUCUGGGCUGUGCAGCUGAAUGUCUGUCUGUCACGAAUCUACCUUGCUGCUCAUUUUCCUCAUCAAGUUGUUGCCGGAGUCCUGUCAGGCAUUGCUGUUGCAGAAACUUUCAGCCACAUCCACAGCAUCUAUAAUGCCAGCCUCAAGAAAUAUUUUCUCAUUACCUUCUUCCUGUUCAGCUUCGCCAUCGGAUUUUAUCUGCUGCUCAAGGGACUGGGUGUAGACCUCCUGUGGACUCUGGAGAAAGCCCAGAGGUGGUGCGAGCGGCCAGAAUGGGUCCACAUUGACACCACACCCUUUGCCAGCCUCCUCAAGAACGUGGGCACCCUCUUUGGCCUGGGGCUGGCUCUCAACUCCAGCAUGUACAGGGAGAGCUGCAAGGGGAAACUCAGCAAGUGGCUCCCAUUCCGCCUCAGCUCUAUUGUAGCCUCCCUCAUCCUCCUGCACCUCUUUGACACCUUGAAACCCCCGUCCCAAGUCGAGCUGGUCUUCUACGUCUUGUCCUUCUGCAAGAGCGCGGUAGUGCCCCUGGCAUCUGUCAGCAUCAUCCCCUACUGCCUCGCCCAGGUCCUGGGCCAGCCGCACAAGAAAUCGUUGUAA